AGAAAUCAAAAGUGAAAGUCUAAGUCUUUACACUGAGUUCAACAAACACCUCAGUCACAGGACAGGCAGAAAUGGCUACUGAUGAGUUUCCAUUCGCUCUCUAUGUGGAGGGCCAGUGGGACCCCCUAACUUCCAAACUAAAAAACAAACUUAUCAUCUAUUUCCAGAGUAGUAAGAAAUCCGACGGAGGCGACUGUGAGGUGGAGUACCCUGUUUCUGGCGGACAGACAGCAACUGUUCGGUUCAAAUCAAAGGAAGUGAGACAGCGGGUUCUAAACAAACAAACGCAUGAGCUCAAUAUUGGUCAAAAAACAGUGAAAAUCACUGUGAAUCUUCCGCCAUCAGAGGCCUCUGUUCCUCAGGAAUCAACCUCUUCGACCAGCAUUAUCACAGCGGGUGAACCACAGAGCGGAGAAGAAAAAGAGGAGAAGGUUGAGCCACUUGAGGAAACGGAAGAAGAUACAACCCCUAGAUCAGCUGUAAUUGAAAACAUCCAAAACAGUGGUCAAGAGUUUCUGACAAUGCUGGUGGAAAAUAUCCUGAAAGGAUCUUCUGCUGAGUCAAAAGACUUCAACAUCGAAAUAAUACCAGAGAGUAACUGUGCUGUGGUGGCAUUUUCCAAUAGCAAGUAUGCAGAACAUUUCUUUGUAUCCUCUCCAAGCAAUGGAAUAAUUAAGAAGAAAAACAUUAAAGUCCGAUUGCUUGAGAUGACUUCAAAAGUGAAAGCUGAAGGCUUACCUCCAAACUCAAACUCUGACUUAGUCAUGCUGUAUUUUGACAAAUUUGGAGAAGUAGAGGAUGAUGGGGUAACAGUUGAAACAGAUCAGUCAGCAAUAAUAACUUUUACAAAUCUUGAAGAUGUGCAAAGAGUCCUCAAAGAGCAACAUCAGCUUAAAAAGCAGCCUUUCAGAGUACUGCCAUACUAUGAAACACUACAAACAGCUCUAUAUGGUAAAGACAGACCCACCCUGAGACUUCCAGAGGCAUUCAUUGAGAAGAUUGAUAGAGCUGUAUGGCACCACUUAAAGGAAAACCAAAAAUCUAUGGAUUCAAUCAAGCAAGCUAUGUCCAGUCAUUUUUGUGAGAUGGAUUUUCAGUCCUCAGCAGUGAAGAUCAGUCCUUCUCAAUCCCUACUUAACAAUGGUGUGCAGACAAGAAAACUCAUUCAGACAUGGAGAGAAAAUGUCCUCUCUGUGUUUUUAUCAUUAACAUCUGAGUUUAAAUCCACUGAGUUCUGCAUUCAGAAGGAUGCGUGGACAGAGAUACAACCUGAAAUCCAAAAAGCAGUAGUGGGAGAGGCUGUCACACUGGUUCCCAAUGUGGAUGAAGGAACAAUAACUGUAGCCGGCCUGAAAGAAGAUAUGAACAGGAUUGGGGGAAUUCUGACAGAAACUGUUGAGAGAGUCACCCAAAGAAUCCAAAGGGAGAAGGGCAGUGAGACGGGUGAAACCAGUAUGACUCCAUCCAUUUACAAUCUCGUUCUCCGUGAUGGUUUGGAGCAGCAAAUCUGUGACAAAUUUCCAGAAAUGAACAUCACAUACCAUGUGCACAGCCGAAAGUUAACUUUCUACGGUCUGAAACAUGAGGUGCUGGAAACAAAGAAUAAGAUACUGCAGGCUGUUCUUAAUUUGAUUCAUAAACCAAUUGAGCUCCACCAAUCUGUUUUAGAUUUUCUGCUCACCAAGGAUGUAGAGGAAAUGACCGACAAUUUGUUUUUAAACAAAGGAAUCAAUGUGGCAUUAGAAGCUGAUGGAAAGAGAGUUUUGCUUGUUGGGAAAACAGACAAUGCCUUGAGUGUUGGUGAGAAGCAAUUGCAGACAGAUCUGGGUCAUCUGAGCUUCAGUGUAGAAGAUCCCAGUGUUCUAGGAAGAUCAGACUGGCAUGACCUAGUCUCUCACAUAAAAAACACUGUCACAAAUGUCACAGUACAGACAACUGUCAACCAGGUGGUGGUUUCUGGCUUUGUAGAUUCCAUUACCGAUGUUGAACAAGAGUUACAUAACUUUGUUCAGGAAAACUCUCAAUUUGAGAAAACUCUGAAGUCUCACAAGACUGUUGUCACAUUCAUAAAGAAUCAUAAAAAGCAGGAUUGGUUUGAAGAGGUGAAAGGUAAUGUGAAUGUGGACUUCAAAGGUGAAGACAUUGUGAUCAGUGGCUCAAGGCUUCAUGUCUCUAAGUGUGUGCUUCUGUUUGAGGACUUGCUUAGAUCUGUGCAUAACUGCACCAUGAAAAUAGUUAAACCAGGGGCAAAGAAGUUUUUCAAGGAGAAAGAGUUAAUGUGUGUUACAUAUGUCCAGACAAAUAUGAAUUGUUUGGUUCAGUUACUAGAUGAGUAUGACCACCCACAUGACACAGUUCAAUCACUGAUAAUAAAACCUGUUUAUCAUUAUAAAACACAUGAAGGAAUGGAGAUUACAGUAAACAAAGCUGACAUGUGCUCGUUUCAAGUGGAUGCAGUGGUCGGUGGAUGCAAAGAGAACCUCCUACUGGAUGGAGGUUUAGUCAAGGUCCUCUCAGAUGCUGCUGGUCCUAAACUUCAGAAUGACUGCAACCAGACUGUCAAAAAACGGAAGUUGACAACAGGUGAUGCUGUUCUCCUCGAUGCAGGAGGGCGGCUGCGAUGCAAACAUGUCAUCUUAGCAAUAGGACCUAAUUAUAAUAUUUACAAACCUCAGGAGUCUGAAAAGCUCCUGAAAAAAACUGUGAAAAAGAGUCUGAAUUUGGCAGAUCAAGAAAGCUUCCAGUCUUUGGCAAUCCCAGCCAUUAGCUCUGGUGUAUCUGGUGGUGGUUUCCCACUGGACCUUUGUGCAGACACCAUUGUGAAAGCUAUAAAAGAGUUCUGUGAUUUUGUUGAAGAGGACAAUACACUGAAGAAGAUUCACCUAGUUGACAAUAAUGAUAAGACAGUUCAAGCUUUAGAAGCAGCAGUGAAGAAGAUUUAUGGGGUCAGUGCGCUUACCCACAGCAUGGCAUCUGGAAGCAGUUCAAGCAGCCAGCAGCAAAACCAAAACCAAGCAAGUUCUUCUCCAAGCCAACACCAGACUGCCACACUCUUUCAAGGAGCAUCACAAAGUUUUCAGACAAAAGAAGGUUUAACCAUCACCCUUAUGAAAGGAAACAUUGAGGACACAACAAUGGACGUCGUUGUGAACACUCUCAGCAGUGACCUAAAUCUCAGCGUGGGAGCCAUUUCAAAUGCCCUUCUCAAAGCAGCUGGUCCUCAGCUUCAGGUUCUGCUCAAUCAGCAAGUCACUGGCUCUGCCAAUAUUGGAGCAGUCUUUGAAACAGCAGGUGCAAACCUGAAGAACAAACUGGUGUUCCAUGCUGUUGUGCCACACUGGAAUCAGGGACAAGGAAAUGAGCAGAAGGUGCUGGAGGAUAUCAUGGAUAAGUGUUUGAGUCUGGCAGAGCAACGUCAGCAGAGCUCCAUUUUAUUCUCUGCCAUUGGCACAGGAAACCUGGGGUUUCCAAAGCCACUGGUGGUCUGCACUAUGCUGGACUCAGCCUUCAAGUUUAGCAGUAAAAGAAGUUCAAAGCAUGUGAAGGACGUGGUAUUUGUUCUUCACCCCAAAGAUACACAAACCAUUCAGGUAUUCACAGAUGAGUUUACCAAAAGGUUUUUGGGCCAGUCUGCCUCAGCAAGUAACCCCACACAGCCGCAGAGCACAGGCCCCUUCUCAAAGGUCAUAACAAAAUCUGGGAUUCACGAGACUACUGUGGGAGGAGUAACACUUCAGGUCCUGAAUGGUGAUAUUACUUUAGAGAAAACUGAUGUCAUUGUCAAUUCCAGCAAUAAAGAGUUUACACUGAAAGCAGGUGUCUCAAAGGCUAUUUUGGAUAAGGCUGGUCCAAAUGUAGAAGCUGAGUGCCAGCAACUCGGGGCCCAGGAUAAAAGUGGACUCAUAAUGACUCAAGCGGGGAAUUUACAGUGUAAAAAGAUCAUCCACAUUUCAGUACAAAGCAAUGCUGGUAUGAUCCAAAGCCAUGUUAAAAAGGCACUGGAAAUGUGUGCCAAGGAAAAGUUAACCUCCAUUGCAUUCCCAGCUAUUGGUACAGGAAAAGCAGGGUUGUCUCCGGGUCAAGUAGCAGACUGCAUGUUGGAUGGUAUACUGGACAUGAUAAGAAAAACUCCCCAGUCCACUCUCAAGCUGAUCAGACUGGUUGUGUUCCAGGCCCAAAUGCUCCCUGAAUUCCACAAAAGCAUGCAGAAUCAAGAAACUGGACCUGCUAAACAAGAGCAGAGUACCUGGUCAAAGAUCAAAGCAUAUGCCGCUAAUGUUAAAUCCUUCUUCACUGGAUCUUGGGAGAAAGAAAUAAAACAACAUGGUGGCAAAGACUUUGUCAUUGAAGGCGUGCAAGUAGAUCCAGUAUUUUUUUCUAUCUGUGGACCAUCACAAGCAGAUGUGGACGAAACAAAGCGUUUCUUAGAGGGUAUGAUCGAUCAGGAACAAGUGUUCGAGGCCAUCACAGACACAGCGAUACUUACCUUAUCAGAUAAAGACCAACAGCGAAUCCAGGACCUGCAAAGCACUAUAGAUGUGACUAUAAGGCUGGAAUACAAAGCGAAUAAAGGUUCAGAAGAAACCCCAGGACAGGCCACACUGAUAAUACAAGGUCUCAGCCGAGAUGUUCUAAAAGCCAUUCAGGAAAUCCAAGACAUGCUCAAAGCAGCCAAAGAGAAAGAGACACUGCAAAAAGAAAUGGAUUACACAAGUGAGCUUGUUGAUUGGCAGUAUGAACAAGGUGGGCAAUUUAGGAAUUUUGAUCAACGUACAAAUUUUGAGUUGGAAAAGGCCCUUGGUAAACAAGCUGCAGGCAUCAGAAUUUCCUUCCAAGGCCAAACUUACCAGGUCACACUGCCUGAGGGUCCAGCAGUGUGCACCACUGGUGGAAACCAGAUGAAAAUCAGACGCAUUGACAAACUGAAAGCUACUGAAGAUAUUCCACAGUACUGGGAUGGAAUGGCACAUAACGAGUUGUGCAGAAAGUUUAAUUUGCAACCAACCAGCACAGAAUACAAAGAGGUAAAUGGCCUCUUCCAGGCCACUUGUCCUAGCAACAAAGUCUUGAAGAUUGAACGAAUCCAGAAUCCUGGCAUGUGGAGGAACUACCAGAAUAACAAAAGUGUCAUGGAAAAAAAGAAUGGUCAUCAAAAGAAUGAGAAAAGACUCUUUCAUGGAACCAGUGAGCAGACUAUCAGUCACAUCGAAAAGAGUGGCUUUAAUCGCAGCUAUGCAGGAAAAAAUGCUACUGCAUAUGGAAAAGGCACUUACUUUGCACUCAAUGCAAGAUACUCUUCUAAUAACACAUACUCAGUGCCUAAUGCUCAGGGACAUAAGCACAUGUACCUCUGCAGAGUCCUUACGGGUGAUUAUACUACAGGAAAUUCAACGAUGUUUGUGCCACCUGCAAAAAAUGCCAACUUUGACCAGUACGACACGGUUGUGGACAACCCUAAUGCGCCUACCAUUUUUGUGGUAUUCCGAGAUGAUAAUGCUUAUCCUGAAUAUUUAAUCACUUUUACUUAGUCACUGAAGAUCAAUCAUUUUACA